AUGCACAUCUCUUCAACACAAUGCACAUCUCUUCAACACAAUGCACAUCUCUUCAACACAAUGCACAUCUCUUCAACACAAUGCACAUCUCUUCAACAUAAUGCACAUCUCUUCAACAUAAUGCGCAUCUCUUAUCAAAAUAAAAUUGUUGGUUUCCAUGAGAGGAAAUGUGUGAAUGUUGACAAGUUUCAAACUGGGAAACGAAAUGAACUAUCGAUAACUAUGGAAAGGAAUGAAAGUAAGAGUAAGCACAUGUUGAAUGGUGGAGACAAGCAGGGAGGCUGGUGUCGCUGCUGCAUGUGCUUCAUUCUGACGACAACAACUGUUUAUCUUCAAUGGCACGUUAUCAGUGGAGCAGUGCAACUGAAGAGUGAUUUCAACAAAUCUGGUUAA